AUGCCAACCACCCAGGGAACUGGAGGGGCUGGCAGCCCACGGGUUCAGCGCUACCGUCCGGCCUCGGAGUUUGACGACGCCACCCUUGCCCAGAAGAGAGAGUACUGGAGGACCAAGAAACGAGAGCAGAGGGCUAAGCUGUCAGAGGUCAAGAGGGAGAGGUCAAAAGCAACAAACCGAGGGAGUAAAUCCUUGGGCAGCAAUGCAGUCCAUAAAACCUCAAUGGGGUUGAAUUCCAGUGCCUCUUGUUCAAUAGCAGGGUCUGCCCCCCCUUUGUUGAAAAGUGAUGGUUCCUACCAAACUAAUGUCGGCGGUGCACCUGUAGUCCUAUUGAAGGGAAAGGGUUCUGCUGUCUCCUAUAAUCAGAACCAUAGUGUUGGGGAAGGGGGUCAAAACUAUUCCUCAGCAAACCAAAAGCAGAGUUGGUUCCAGAGGAUAAAACUCAACAAAGUCUUGCCUCAGUUUCCAACGUCCAGUGCAGGCCCAGGAAAAGGUGCAAUGGUCUGCAAGAUGGCAGUGAAAAGUUCUCCAACAGGGGGCGCUGUGAUUGGAACAGUUACCUCAGCCAAACCCAAUGGAGUGCUUCUCAACAGUGGCUCCUUUGUGCCUCCGGUAAGAGUGGCAGUGAGAGCCUCAGGCUCUGCACCUCGCCAACCACAGAGCGGAAUUACUAUUCUCAAUGGCAGCUCUCCUGUAGUGUCAUCUCAGCAGCAUCUGGCCACCCAGAGUGUAUCAAGGCCUGAUGCAAUGACAAAGACGCAAGUUACAGUGUCUGUUCAGCCUAGACCGCUAACCACUAACAUUACCACAGGGAAGACCAUUGUGACCACUCAGUCUGCCCCUGUGCUCGUUCACAAACCAGGGGUUAGGCCUAGAGGGAUGAAAGUAACACCGCUAGGCGGGAAAAAGAGUGCAUUGGUCGCAGCCCAAGGAGUUAGAAGCAUCAACGACACAUCAGCUACACUGGAGACUGAGGAGGAGCGAGCCGCCAAGCGCAGAGAGAAUUGGCGUAUCAAGAAAAGAGAACAGCGAGCGAAGCAAGCGGCUAGGUUAACAAAGGCCAGCAAGAGAAUCACGAACAUGGAGAUAUCGUUGCAGAAAGCAGAACUAUUACCAACCGUGGACGUUGAACGUCCCCUGUCUGCUUUGAGCGGACAUGGCCAGAGGCAGUGUGUUAGUAGGGUCAGUGCCCCGUUCAUCUCAGCCGGACGCCUGCUGAAGAACGCCAGAGCAGUGGCUAGCAUUGCUGUCAAAAGGGAGUCUGACGAUUCAAUCCUGGCUAAGCUAACCGCAGUCAACGCUAAUCAACAGACCAUUCAGCUAAGAGUAGAGAAUCCACAGGAGGCUAAAGCAACAAUGCAGACUGGUAUCGCAUCUAAUAUCAUUGGUUAUAAACCAGCAGGGGAACCAAGCAGAAGGCUUCCUGGUCCAGUGCAGUUUGCCAACGUUAGCCGAGGGAUGGUCCGUUGUAGGACUCCGAGACAGAGGUUAAUUGAAACCCAAAAUAAUUUCCUGGGUCAGAGAAAUAUGAGGAAGUCCCCCUGUCAUGCCAAAGCCUUCACAACCCACAAUGCACCCCGAGAUGACCCAACAGAGACCCCUGAGCAGAGGGCGGCCCGGAAGCGGGAAUACUGGCGUGUCAAGAAGCGGGAGCAGCGAGCCAAGCUGUCGGGCGAAGUGCGAGCUAAGAUGAAGGAGAGGGAUGCUCUGAUGCAAAGAGUCAAGCGUUACCAGAGCAUACUUGAGGAUAUGAGGAAGGCCAGAGCGGCGGGCUGCAACACACUGCCACAACCAACAGAAAAUAGGCCUACUCACACCAACGCCUCAGAGACCAUUGGAGGGUUCAUCAUGGAGGAUGGUACAUUGACCAAUAACAUUCCUCAAAUUGAUCUCACUACAGAAGAAAAAGAGACUGGGGGUGAAAUUGGCAGCAGUAGUGGGAUGCCUGUAAAUAAUUCAUUUACCAACAUUAACACACACCGCCAACACCAACUGCUUCCCAAACCUACUAGUGAUACCUCUAGUAAUGUGGUGUUAAGUCAUCAAACACAGGACAACCCACCACCUCCUCUAAUCCGCUCUGCUCAGUUUAAAGUCUCCUGUCCUCCCGUCGGCGUGUCAAUCAUGAAGCCUCCCAGGUUGGUUUCAAUCAGACCGAGGACUGAAUUUCGCAGCACACCGAAAAACCUCCAGAAUUCUCACACAGUCUUCCAGCCCCAGAGUCAUAUCACCCUCACACAUCCUCAAAACAUCCAAAACACCUUUCCUGGUGUGCCUACAGUGAUGCCAAAGCCGGCUAGCUGUGUCAUGCAGAUGGCUGUCAAAGCUUCUACAGCAUCAGCAGUGCUUAACUUGGACCCAAAGCUAACAGAGGAAGAAAGUAUGGCUAAGAAAAGGGAGUACUGGAGGGUAAAGAAACGAGAGCAGAGGGCAGCCCGUGCAAUCCGCUUAAGGCAAGGAGUUCAAGCUAGGGGAAACGCUGCCUCACAGAAGAGGCGGAACCAAAGGUUAGCACGAUUAGCCACAGCCAAUCCCAAUGUCAACACCUCUGUCAACCACACACUCACUAUCAAGCCUCUCUCAAACACCAGUGUGUCCACGCCUCCACAGGGGAACCAAAUAAAACAAGAGAGAGAAUCAAUCUCAACAGACGCUCCACUGGAACAACCACUCUGUGUUGAUAUCAAACCGUCCCGGUCUCCACCACAUCCAGAGCCAACAGACCCAGCCUUGAGUGCUGACAGCCAGGCCACCACUCUCCUGGCAGUGGCCUCUAUGAAGAAGCUCCUGGAGGAAUCCCUCAGCACUGUGGCCGACUGUAAAAUGGAACAGCCUGACUGUAUUACAGAACAGCUGCCUUGUAAAAGUGAACCCCAGGCUUGUUCCACCGAGGAGAAUGCCGUCCAGAUUGAGGUCAAGCCAAAUCUACCUCUGCUCACCCUGGGAGACGAGGAGAAGGCCUCCAUAUCUGGCGACCUAUCGUUGGAGGUCAAAGGGUGGCAGGUGGAUGCUGACGCCCCGCCACCAUGUCAGGUGACCAUUUGUCCAUUGAGUCCUCAUCCUAAGGACUCUCCCCUAUCUAGUCCUUGCACUAAGACCCUCUCUUUCUCAGCUCCCCCUCUCACUCUGUCCGAACCCCCCUCUCACACACCCACACACUCCUGCUCCCACAAGGCAGCCUCCGGAGGACCACUCCUUCCUCUCCCUCGUAGAGCCCAGAGGUUGCGUGCCAAAAAGGCAGGCCACCACAACUGCUGCUCCCCAGAACUUCCGAAGCUACACCACCAGCCUCCACAACAACAACCACCUUACCAACUUCAAAAUCAACAACAGCGUCAACAACAACAUCAAAAACAACCCCAACAACAGCAGCAGCAUCAGCAACAUCACCACGCCCCAGCAGUGACAGACCAGAAUGUGACUCUGCAGAAGAAGAGGGAGUACUGGAGGAUGAUGAAGAGGCAGCAGAGAGCCAGGAAGGCCAGGCAGGGAGGAGGCGGGCUGAGGCAGGGGGACUACAGCCGACGACUGGCCCUCAAAGCAGCACAGGUGGGGGGAUAUAUUUUGUAAUCCAUGCUAUUAGAUUUCAUCAUAGUGCAGAUUUCAUGAUUUACUAUGGUAGGCCAAUACCGAUCAUUUCAAUUUAAUUUUAGGUAAAAGUAUAUUUUGUGGUUAUGUCAAUUGGAAUGUGGAACUGAUGUAUUUUGCAAUGCGAUACUGUACACAAGGCCACUGUCCAGUCUAACUGAAAUACCAUGAAUUUCUCUCUGGCAUUUGACACAAGCAACGAAAAUAGAGGGAGAGGGGGAGGAGGUAUAUGGGUUCUGAGAACUGGACAAACUUAAAACAACCAUAAACAAGUACAUGUUUGUAAAGAUAAACAAAUAGAUCAAAUAACCCUGGUUAUAAAUUAUAUAUUGUGACAUUAAACUAAUGUAAAGCUAUGCAUCGAUUGUCUUGUCUUUUAGGCUCCGAAUCUCCAUAUUGUCAAGACACAGACACAGAGGCCAGUGCAGAGAGGCGGGAGCUUCAGUCUACAAGCUGCACCAUUUCUCAAACCACAGCCCUCCCCCCUUCUCCAGCCUAUAUCUCCCCCUGCCUCUGGACCUCAGACAAGCCUCAGUAUGGUCACCAACAUCCCUACACUUCUGGUUGUGAGCCCCACCACUUCCAACAUUGGACAGCCAUCUGAUACACUACAGCUCAAACCUCCGGUCAACUGUACCAGUAUUUCCAAUUCAUCCAUUGGCCACACAGGGUCCCCCCAGACAUCUCAUAGCUUCAGUACCGCGUUUCUCCCUGUAGGAGGCAGUGUCACUGUCCCUCCAUUGGGUGAGGGGAAGAAAGGCGGGCUUCUAUUGGUGGAGAGCCAACAGGAAGCAGCCCCAGGGUCCAGCCCUGACUCGCCACGCGUCAGAAAAUGGCGACUGCAAGUGCAGGAAAGCUCAGACGCAGACACCUCACCCAUCGCUACUCUCACACCUCCGCCCAACCCUCUGACUAGCAUCAAGCUCUUACCCAUUCAUCCUCCCAGUCAAACAUCCACAUUCCACACCAACACAGACCCCUUUCAAAUGUCAAGGUGCUCAGAUUCCUCAAAGUGGGAAUGUACAAAAUGUACGAUUGCCUACAAUGCAGGCGCUCAACAAAAGCCCCAUCUACAUAAGCUCCAUGGGUCCGCCCAAGCCAGUGCCGGGGGAGUCGGAAGAGGAGACUCUGAGGAAGAAGAGGGAGUACUGGAGGGUGAAGAAGAAGGAACAGAGAGCCAGGAAGGCCAUGAGGGACAGGGAGCUGACUGAGAAGAAGGCUUCGGUCAACUGGAGGUCCAUCCUACCCAGCAGUCAGCCACAACACCUGCUGCAGGGGCUGGAUACACAGGUAAUUUUUACAAUGGUGAAUGUUUUAAAAAAAAAACACCAUAUAAUAUUCUAAGUCAGAACUAUAUGGUAAAUCGUGUAUUGAUACCAAGGGGUGAGGAUUCAGCCAACUUUCGUUCCUCUUGGUCAGUUAAUUUCCAUUAGGGCUGACCAUAACUCUUUACAUUUUUCUCAACCAAAGGAACAUGAUCCUGACCGGUGGGUCAACACCUCAGAGGACUCUGAACUACAUCUAAGGUGAGAGAGUAGUUUUCAGGAUCUCUCUGAAGUUUCUCUUAUCUCAAUGUGUAUGUUAGUAGUAAACAUUACUGUGAUGUCUUUUUUUCCAUAGGACUUCCACAGAGACAGACAUGGGCUACUUUCCUGACCCAAGCCAUACGGAACCUAUAGAAGGUAAUACAUUUGAAACGUAUAGAUCCCUCAAACUCAACUCUGGUCCUCGAAGCCAGUUCCACUACAUUUUUAAAUUGUGUUUAUUUUUAUUUUUUAGAGCUCGGUCCAGCUUUCAAUUUACUCAUCCAAGUUGUAAUAGUAGAAUGCACAAGGUGCAAUUUCUAAAUUGGGUAGUGCAUCAUCAGUUUUCCUCCUGUCAUGUCAGUCAUUUCAUACCUUAGAGAGCUAUGUUCCCCAAUGCUAGAAGGGGGGGGCCUGAGUGAAAAACGUUGGGAACCCGUCUUACAAUACCACUCUCUUUCCCCCAGAGGAAUCAGAGCUCCUUUUCCCAGACGAUGAUCAUGACGACAACUACAACGGCCCCAUCUCAGAUGCUGUAUGGAGGAACUGCUUCCUCAUGGACUACGACCCCCUGAACCAGCUGCUGGUGUGCAUGGUGUGCGGGGAGCCACAGUACUCCCACAGCCUGGAGGGGGUGAGGGCCCACAUCGAGGAGGCUCACCCGGACACCCUGAGCCUGGUGCCCCCGGAGCGCCGGCACAUCCUGGAGGCCUGGGACGAGCAGGUGUCCAGGAGAGAACUUUUCUUCACCAGCCAGCUGCAGCAGCACAGCGGGGCAACGGGAGGUAAUAAGACACUAUUAUAUAUUAGAGGGCCCAGAGUUAUUCCUGGUAAAGAAAGGCUCUGGUCCCUGGCAAUGGGCACAUUUGGGAUUGAGGGUUUCUGACAUAUCCAUGCACAUUUUGUUUCAGGGGACAGUGCCAACCUGCCAGCAGAAGUAGAAGUAAUGGUUGAUACAGAGGACUCCUCAUACCUGAAGAACAGCAAGAGCUCCAAAACCACCAAAAGACUCUGA